AUGAUUACACUCAUGCUACUCGUUGCCCGCAUCCCAGAUGUCCCAGCCACGGAGGAAACCAUUUCUGGGCACGAUGACAUCGAGGCACAAAAGCAGGUCAUGGACAAGAUGCCAGAGAGAACUGAUCGAGAUCAACGGACUGCAUUGGUCAUUCCCUGUCAUAACAGCGAUCAUGAGGCCUUCCAGCGAGUCAUGGAGUCGGCAUUUGUCCAUUUCCAUCCCAGCAGUAUCUUCAUCAUCGACAAUGCACGCACAAUGCAUCCUAAGAACAAUAUCUUCCGCAACUUCGUUCGCAGCCUGCACCCAGAAAUCAACUACAUCUGGUCACCGAUUGGUAGCAAAAACGCAGCUCAGCUGGUUGGUGCCGUCGCAGCAAAGAACUAUGAGUUCAUUUUUACUGUCGACGAUGAUGUCUGCAUCCCUGCCAACUUUCGCGCCCCGGUUGACAAGAUCAACGACGUCACCAAGGGUGUCGCUUUCCCACUCAAGGCCACCAACGCAGCUGGUAAUGUGCCUCUCUUUCUCGUCGCAUGGCAGGACGUCGAGUAUAGAAUGGCCGGCCUUGUCAAGUUGGCCGAGUCCGACAUCUGCGGUGUCCUCUACCCUCACGGCGCUGGUUGGUUUUGCGAACGCGAAACUCUCAUCGAUCUCAUCAGCAACUACCACUCGCUCGACUUCAUCGCCGAGGAUGUCAACACCGGUAUCUCGAUGCAGAAGAUGAAGAAGCGCAUCGCAUUUGACGCAAGCUGUGUCCUUGAGACCGAAGUACCAACAACAUUCCUUGGGCCUGGCCUCAACUGGUACAACCAGCGUGUUCGGUCUUGGGAGAUGGGCCGCCACGGCCGCCUUUUGGCCUUCAUGGGUCGCAUGCUUUUCUCCUUCAACGGCCAAACCACUCUCCAUGGCAUCUUCUGGCAAAAGUUCGUCCACUUCUACUCCAUCGCCUGCAUCAUCGUCGACUGGGUGCGCGUUCCUGUUCUCGUCACCAUGGGUGGCAAUGGCAUCUAUUGGCGUCAGGCUGGCCUCCUCAUGCUCGUCUCAGUCUUUCCUGUUUUGGCGUACAACUACAUUUCCUGUCGUCGUCGACCUGACAUGCGCACACCAUUUUGGGGCGCAAUGACUAUUCCCAUCUACAAGCAGAUCUACGCUCUAGUCUCACUUAUUGGCGCUGUCCGCAGCGUGCUGUACUACAUUGGCGGUCACAACAAGCCCAAGACCGUCAAGCAAAUGAUCAAGGAGGGUGACGAGCGUGCUUUCUGGCUUGAUCCUCGUUUUGAGGCGAAUCCGGCGUUUCUGGCUGACGCGAUAGAAGAGAAGGGGUCUUGA